ACGGGGUGGCACAACUUCCCAACUGGCACAAAUCACCCCACUCUCCCCUACGUAAACAAAACGGGCCGUGAUUUGUGUCAUUUUCGAUAGUUUUUACAACCUGCAGCAAACGAGGGCAAAAAGCCGCGGUGUCACCGUCAAAAUGGACUUAAAGAGCGUCAAGCAGGUGUCAUCAGCAGCUUAUCGGUUCCCCGAGCAACCGAAGGACGCCAGGCCCGCAACGAGCCACUUAAGAACGGACCGCAGGACACGUGACCCAGGAGAGAAUGCAGAUGCGCGCAAUGACGCAUACUGGAAAAAUCCUGCAAAACAGGACCAAGUGUGGAAAGAUCUGGUGUCCAAAGAGAGGAGACAAGCCCUGCAAUGGGAGAAGACCUGGGGCUUUCUUCUGAAAUUUGAUACACUGGGUGGGCCAAAGGAGGAGAAGCCUUUACCCAACAACAUCUCAUUCUUCUCUGGUAGCUUCCCCAAAACCUCCAAUCAGAUUUACGGCAGCAGACAGCUCACGCCUCUGGGGAGGGACAUGAUCGGACGGGACUGGUUGAUUCUCUGGCCUGGAAGCCAGAGAUGCAGGAAGACCUCAGACCUGGAGAUGCAGCCAUGUUAAAGCAGGGGGCUGUGCUGGAGUUUUUAUUAAAGACUAUAAGCAUUAACAAGUCUUUUUUUUUUUUUUUUUGUCCUGUGUCUAUUAAUUUCUCAUUUCCUCCUGAGAUACAUUUACAUUUUGUAUGGAAAGGGAGAACAGCAUCAGGAAUUCAAAAGCAAAGCCUCUGCAGACUGAGAAAAUAGAUUACAGACAGAUCAGUUUCAUGUCAUCUGAGCUUUGCAGAGUGCUUAAAAAGAUACCUGAGCUAAUUUAGAUGAGUGAAAGGUUGUAUCACCACUGUCUGCUCGCUGCCGAAGGACUGUGGAUUCAACAGGGACUCCAUGAAGGUGAACGAACAAAAAGAACUGCAACGUGGCUGUAAAUCAAUGGAUACAUUGCUUUUGCACAUUUUUUCACAUUACAACUACUAACUUCCAUUGUGUUUGUUUAAGAAAGCAUCUUUGCACAUCAAGUUUCAAGUGUUGUCAUAGUUUCUUAAUUAGAUUUUAAACAACUUCCUUGUAGGUCUGGGUGUACAUUUAGGCAUGUCUUACUGGGAAGUGAACCUUCGCCCCUGCUUUAAGUCUUUUGCAGCUUUUAACAGGUUUUCUUCAAGGAUUGCUGUUUAGCAGAUUAAUGCUCUAUCUGGCCCGGCCUGUCAGUUUUUAUUUCUGCUUCACGGUUAUGUAUAGAUUUGUGCUGGCCUAUGACACAAAAUACAUUGAUAUUUGUGGUUGCAACAUGACAAAACGUAAAGAAGUUUAAUACGUUAGCAAAGCAAUGUGAAUACACUUAUUGUAUGCGAAUCCUAUACGUGCAGGUGAUUUUCUACUUCCUGGAUGCCUCUGCUAUUUUAUUUCUCAUAUUUUUGAUUACAUUGUUUUAGGAAAAGAACAGCAUUAUGUAGCUUUUUUCUACAUUUAAAGGAAAAUUGUUAGUCACUAUUAGAAAAAUAUAGGGAUUUUAUUUGCUGUGACCUAUAAAGAGAAUAUAAAUAUUUAAAGGACA